CCGACGUCCUCCUUUGUCUCUGCAAAAAACUCACUUUCUUCUUUUUACAAUCAUCGGAAGAAUAUGAAAAGGCAAUCGUCGUCUUCCUCCCGGACGGAAAACGCACCGGAAAACCUCCAUGCAAAGACCAUCGGAUGCAUGUCCUCCAUUUUCCACCUCCUUUACAAGUACCGCAAUCGCAAAAAAUUCCUCACCUCUGGGAAAAAGCAGGAGGCAGAAAGAGAGCGAGAUUCAUCGACGAAAAUCCAACUGAAAGGAACAGGAAACGGACUGAUCAGGAGUCCAAUGCUGCCCGCGGAUAUCCGUACGCCGCCGCAUACGGUGGUGGCGAGGCUGAUGGGAGUGGAAUACGAAACUGAAUCGGCGGUGGAGACAAGAAGGAAGUUGGUUGGAGCAUUGGAGAGGUGUGAUGAGGAAUUGAAGGCGGUUAAGAGGAUCAUUGAAGUUGUGAAGCGGAGCGUCACUGCGGAAGGUAAUAAUGAAAUCGCAGACAGCAAGUCCUCGGAGGUUGCAGACUUCAAUAUUUCUUCUGCCAUCGACAUUUAUAACUCCACCGCUUCCAAAUUCGGAGGACCAACUGUCCAGCAGCAACAAAAGCAACAACUAAGGAAGCCAGGAAGGGAGGAAGUAGUCAAUACAUGCUGGUUUGAUAGAUUCAGAAGGGAUUGGGUUCAUGCAGGAGAGAAUGUAGUAAGAAGAAAGGCCAUGGUAGAUAGUGUAAACGAGGUCUGCAGUGAUAUUGAGUGGGGCGAGAGACGGGAAUUUGGCAGAAUAGGACUUGCUCUGCACGAUCAUAUAUGCCGAGAUUUGAUCGAAGAGACAGUCAAAGAAAUGGGGUAUCAUUCCAUUCCAUCCCUGCCAUUUGAGGCAUGUAAAAGAAGAUUGUGUUUCUAAUGUGAAAUUGCUACAGUUUUUAAUAAAAAGCAGGCCAUCUUCAAACAUUGAAAAGCCACAAAUGUUGUCUUCCAGAUGACAAUAGGCAGAGCCAACAGGUUAUACGAUAGAAUCCAUUACAAC